GUGACUGAAAAACUGCCCUACUCCUCUUGGAGUUGUUGACAGGUGUGAAAACUCUACCAUCUGGGGAAGAAAGAAAUCUUUGCCUUGUGACUUGUGAAACUUCCUUUCACUUUCACACAACUGAUUUCAACGGUUGUUCAGACUCCAGCCCCAGCAGAAAUGUCGAGUGGGCCAGUAGUGGACAGCAGACACACCACAGACAUCAAAGUAGUGAAAUUCUCCUAUCAGUGGACCAUCAGUAACUUUAGCUUUUGCACAAAGCAAAUAGGUAAAUGCAUUGAAAGUUCAACUUUUUCAUCACAGCAAAAUGAUAAACUGAAAUGGGGCUUACGACUGUACCCAAAAGGGAUCGAUGAAGAAAGCAAAGAUUACCUUUCCCUAUAUCUCAAAUUGAUCCAAAGUCCAACGAGAGAACUGCUGGCAAAAUUUAAAUUUUACAUUCUGAAUGCCAAUGGAGAGAAAACCAAAGAGAAGGCUAGUCACCAACCAUAUCGAUUUGUGCAAGGCAGGUACUGGGGAUUCAAACAUUUCAUUCUUAGGCAUUUUAUUUUCGAUGCAACCACUGACCUUCUCCCUGAUGACAGGCUUACUUUCUUUUGUGAGGUUAAAGUGGCACAAUAUUCCAGCAAUAUAUCCUGCCAAAAUACCAUGAAUACUCUGAAGGUUCCAGAGUGCUGUUUGGCAGAGGACCUAGGAAGUCUGUGGAAGAGUUCCUGGUUCACAGAUUGUUGUGUGUGUGUGGCUGGCCAGGAAUUCCAGGCUCACAAAACCAUCUUAGCAGCUCGUUCUCAAGUUUUCUGUGCCAUGUUUCAACAUGAAAUGCAAGAGAGCAAAACUAAUCGAAUAGAAAUCAAGGAUAUGGAGCCUGAGGUUUUUAAGGAACUGAUGUUCUUCAUCUAUACUGGAAAGGCACCAAACCUCAGUGCAAUGGCACCUGAUCUGCUGGCAGCUGCAGACAAGUAUGGCCUACAUCUCCUGAAGCUCCUGUGUGAGAUCGACCUCUGCAAAAACUUUCCCAAAGAGAAUGCGGUGGAAAUCCUCAUUUUUGCAGACCUCUAUAGUGCAUAUCUGUUGAAAACCUUUGCAAUGCAUUUCAUUAACUAUCAUAUUUCAGACAUCCGGGAGACCUCCAAGUGGAAGGCAAUGGUUCAGUCACACCCUCGCUUGGUUGCUGAAGUGGAUCGCUCUAGGACUUCCAUGCAGUGUAAUUGCAUACACCCCAAUGCAAGUGUCUGAGGCAGUAUUAAGAUGCCAUCUCGCCCAAGGCUCCAUGUAUCUUCCCAAACCUGUGGCUUCAUUUGCUAGCUCUUAACCCUGAUUACGC